AUGAAGAAACCUUCACAUAUACUGCUGCUAUGCUUAUUAGCAUUUAGUACAUUUCAUGUCACCCACGCUGAGGAAGAAAAUGAGCUAGAUGCAUCUGGAGAGGGACCACCAGGCACUUCAGGUGACUCAGCUCCGGGAGCAGUUGGACCAGCCACAGAAGAGACUAAAACAGAGGAUGAUGCUAAUGUGGACAAAUCCUGCAAAGAUCGUCACGAUUUGUGCAAAUUCUGGUCAUCAAUCGGCGAGUGUAAUACCAACAAAAAUUGGAUGGAAGACCAUUGUCCAGUGUCUUGUGAUGUCUGCAACGGAGUCACCACUUGUAUCGAUAGACAUCGUCUGUGCGGAUUCUGGGCGACGAUUCGGGAGUGUGAAACUAAUGCGGUUUGGAUGUUAUCAAACUGUCCAAAGGCUUGUAAAGCGUGCAAAGGAAGAUCAGUGACUCUAGGAGGAACUGGUCCAGGGGGAACUUUCAAGGAAGACGAUUGCACUUUUAUUACCACCAAUGAGGAUACAUCGAUUAGAAAGACAUUAUCCAUCCGUGACGUCCGUGAUUCCAAUGCAAACUUCAAUUGUGCUCCAACUCAAGAAACUCCAAACUGCAAUAGAAAUCUUUGUUAUCACUUGAGAUAUCGCUCAUUCGAUGGAACUUGCAAUAACCUAGAACGCCCGAUGAUUGGAUCAGCGUUCACCGCUUUGAUGAGAUUGAAGAAGCCACUCUAUGAUAAUGGAUUGAACGCUCCAACUUCAUCAUUCCUCCGAAGCAGGCCUUCCGCUCGUGACGCCUCCAGACUCCUCUUAUCGUCGUCUACUCAAAUCCAACAUCAUUCCAAUGCUCUUCUGAUGCAAUGGGGACAAUUUAUUGCUCAUGACUUGGCCAAGACGACAAUGCUCAACAAUCAAGAAUGCGCUGCCUGCACAUCUAACAAGGGAAGAUGCACCUCGGUUUUCUUGUCGAGAUCUGAUCCGACUUUCGGCCGUUUCAUGUGCUUGCCAGUUGCCAGAUCCACCCCGGUCUGUGGUACCGGAGUCACCAAUUUCAGAGAGCAAUUUAAUGAGAACACCGCUUUUAUUGAUGGGUCAAUGAUCUAUGGAAGCAGUGAUAGGGAUCAAUUCCUAUUCCGUCAGGGAGCCUUCUUGAAGACCAAAUUGAUCAACAACCGAGUUUUUCCACCAGUUGACAAGAACAACAAUGUGGUUGCUGGAGAUGAUCGUGCCAACAUUUUUGUCGGAUUGGCUUCUCUUCAUGUUUUGUACUUGAGACAACAUAACAGAAUCGCCGCCACCCUUCAACGAGUCAACCCCCACUGGGACCAGGAACGCGUCUUCCACGAAUCCCGUAAAAUCGUUGGAGCCAUGAUUCAGCGUAUCACUUUCACCGAAUACCUUCCAAAAGUUCUCGGAGUAGCGUUCGAGGAACGAAUCGGCGCUUAUCCAGGAUACGAUCCAAAUACCGAUCCAUCAGUUGCCAACGAGUUCACUUCUUGUGCAUUCCGAUUCGGUCAUGGAAUGAUUCAAGAGUUCUAUCCAUUCCUCAACGAGAAAUUCCAACAUAUCGGAGGUAUUCCUUUCAACGAUGGAAUGUUCAAAUCGACACAUAUUCUGAAUAAUGGAAUCGAUCCAUUGAUUCGUGGAUUGAUGACGCUUCCAGCCAAAAUGCCUCAGAGAUUGACGCCAGCUGUUACUGAAAGGAUCUUUGGAAAUUCGGAUCUGGGAUCAAUCAAUAUUCAAAGAGGAAGAGACCACGGAGUGCCACCAUACACCGUUUGGCGUAAAUUCUGCGGACUUCCUGAAGUGAAGGACUUUGAAGGAUUGAAGGCUGUGAUAAGCAAUCAAAUUGUUAUCGAUAACUUGAAGGUGGUUUACAAGCACGUUGAUGCCAUUGACAUGUACGUGGGAUCGCUUCUUGAAGACCCAGUUAGGGAUGCUUUGGUCGGACCAACGCUAGCUUGUAUCAUUGGAGAGCAAUUCAAGAGGACUAGAAACGGAGACAGAUUAUGGUAUGAGAACUCCAAGGUGUUCUCUGGUGAACAACUAACCCAAAUCAAGAAAAUCACAAUGUCCCGAGUACUUUGCGACGCUGGAGAGCACUUCCCAAUGGUUCCAAGACGAGCAUUCUCUGUGUUCAAACCCACUGCUUCGAAUCUUGUCAAGUGCGAGGAGAUUCCAGACUUGGACUACAACGCGUGGAAGGAAGAGCUUACUGUCUAA